AUGGAGACAACACAACGUCAAAUCACCGAUGCACAAAGUCAUCUUAAUAGUCUUAUUGCAUCAUACAACCGUGACAUGAAAGUGUUGAGGACUCGUUUCACCUCUUCACACUAUCGCACAAAUGAAGGCCAACCGUCAAAUUUUCAUGAACAUGUUAAUGAAAGUGGUGCACCAUUUUAUACAAAUAAUCCACAGCAUUCACCUGUUCAUUCUGGUGGUCAAAGAAGAUCUUCUGAAGAUGACCUUGGAUGUACAAAUGAAGGGGUGUCAGAAAGACCCAACGUAGAAGACGAUGUGUUCUUUUCAAACGAGGAUCCCCUUCACCCUGGGCCACACAAUAUGUUGGUGUUAGUGCAAUCGUGCAUGAACAACAAUGUGGAUGUAGCACCACAAGCCUCAGAAGAAAUACGACCACGAAGAGUAAAAAUGAAAGUACGUUGUCAUAGGCAACGAGCAGCUGCGUGCAAGUCACCUUUUGUACAAUUAUGUGUAUCAAAAUAUAAAAGGUUGACGGAGGAAGAGACACAUGUUGCCGACUAUGUGUUUGACGAGUCAAAAGAUCCUAGUGAGAUGCUUUGUGCAUAUGGUGGCUAUGGCGUGACACGGGAACAAUUUCAAUGCUUAGUAGGGGAGAGCUUCAUUGAUAUUCCGGUGAUUUCCAUGUUUUGCCGAUACAUAAAUGCAAAAGAAGAGAAUCCUUCUCGCAGACACUUUUUUAAUCCAUACUUUGGGGAAAUAUGUGGUUCAAUGAGCAAGUCUACCUCAAAAUCAACACUCAAGAAAAGAUUAGGUAGCUACUGUGUUAAUCUUGAAUGUUGCAACCAGUUAUUAAGAAAUUCCUUCAAACGGAAUGAUGUGAAUAUAAAUAAUUUACAUCCACAGUAUGCAGAUAUCGUUGGCGAUCCAAAAUUAUGUCAUACUGGGAUGUAUGCUAUUCUCUAUAUGCAACAUUGGGAUGGAAGUGGUCUUAAUAGAACCAUUAAUUCUGAGGUGACUGAUAAGCUGAUUGAGGAGGAUGAAUUUGAUGCAGAUCAAAAGGAUGCAUUUAAGAAUUUUGUCAAAGACAAUGUCCGAGAGACAAAAAAAGCCAAUAGACAGGCUAGAGAAGCCCGGAAAAAGGCCUUGCAGAAAUGAGUUAGUAGACUAAAGUAGCAUUUGAAAACAUGAAGUUUAACAAGUUCUACUCAGUCUAGACCGAUGAUACUCCUGACAUAUCAAAUGUUAAGGCACCGUUUAUAAACAGGUAUUAUGGGAAAGCUCAUGAAGUUCUGUGAUUGGGCUCAUCAACCACCAGUAUUUCUACUGCAAAAGAUGCCAAUUGGUUUGCAUUGGGGACUAUAGCUAGCUAUUGAUUCUAGGAUAUGUUUCAUGAUGAAAGUUCAUAAUGGAACCCUAAAUGUGUGCUAAAUCUGGUGGUUCUUUCUUGGUUUCUCAAGUUUGUCUUACCUUUCCAAUUUAUGUACUUUGUUAGAAGUUCUAAUUUUGUCCCAUCAACAUUAUUUCUUGUAUUCCCAAAAGGUUCAAUUCUGCCAAUGCCAUGAAAUACAAAUAGUUAUUGAUCAUUUAUGGAGGUUUAAA